AUGAGUUUCCAAGUGAUUAUUUUCUGUGCUACCUUUGGUUUAGCCUCUGGAGUUGGUGUGUUGCCUGAUUCUGUGAAUGCAGCUGUUGGAGGCACAGUCAUGUUCUCCACAUCACUGGCUCCAACACAAACUCCAUUUUCAACAAUAAUCUGGAAUUUUGGCUUAACAAAUAUCAUCACUUCAAGUUCUGGGGGUAACUUCACUGCUCCAGAGUAUGAAGGCAGGAUCACUCUGUUUAUCUCUACUGGAUCUCUGGAGCUCAGGAACGUGGCUCUUAGUGACACUGGAGAUUACAGAGUUAACAUUUUACCAGCAGGAGGUGCAGGACAAACUGGAGUCACUACAUUGAAGGUUUAUGAGCCAGUGUCUAAUGUGAGAGUCACAGUCAGCAGCUCAGACUUAGUGGAGUUCAACAGUUCUGUGACUCUCUCCUGUUCUGCUGAUGGGACCAGCCUGACAACUUUCCUCUGGUUAAACGGCAGCACUGAAGUUACAGCCAGUGACAGAGUGCACCUCACUGAUGGAGGAGCAACUCUCACUAUAGACACUGUGUGGCGCUAUGACCAGGGACCAUUCACAUGUGAAGUGUCUAAUCCUGUCAGUAGCAGCACCAGUGUCCCAGCAGAACUCUCCAUCAACUAUGGACCUGAUGAUGUCAUUUUGAGGACUUCUCCUUCUCUUGAUCACUAUGAGGAAGGUUCAGACGUGUCUCUGUCCUGCUCAGCUGACUCCAGACCUGCAGCUCAGUUUAAAUGGCUUUUAAAUGGAGAGCUGUUGUCUUUUACUGGAGCACAGAUACAACUGAAGAACAUACAGAUGAGCCAGAGUGGAAACUACAGCUGUGAGGCUUUCAACAGCAAAACUCUCAGAUAUACAACGUCUCAGCCUGUGAGGAUCUCUGUGCUGAAGAGAAUCACAAAUAUUUAUGUUGAGUCAUCCUCCAAUGAGCCAAUCGAGAGCUCCUCACUGAACUUAACCUGUGAUGCUUCUGGUUCCAUCUUCACCAGAAAGUGGUCGAUAAAUGAACAGGAGCUAAAUCCUUCUGAAAACAUUGUAUUUUAUGACCAAAAACGAGUGUUGUCUUUUAAAGUCCUGAACAGAAAAGACAGUGGAAAAUACCUCUGUGAAAUCAGCAACCCCAUCAGCUCUGAGACAACUGCUUACACUCUGGAUUGUAAUCUGUAAGUGUCUAGGUAUAUUAUGUUUCAGACAUUUAUUGUAAAAAUGUACUUUA